AUGGUACAAAUUUUCUUCAUUACUCCUGUCCUACAUUUCAUUCUCAUUCGUUCAAUCGUUCCUUCCUUCCAUCUCUAUCGUUCAAAUUUUCCUUCCUUAUAUAUUCCUACCUACGUUCCCCCCUUUCUUUCCUGCUUUCACUCUUCGUUUAAGGAUUACUUUCGUUCCUUCCUUCAUCUAUCCUUUCGUUUCUAUCUUCAUCUAUCCUUACGUUUCUAUCUUCAUCUAUCCGUUUCUUCCUUCUUUUCCGUCAUGGUUCAUCUUUUUCUUUCUACUUUAUUUCUUUUCAUUCAUUCUUCAUUCUGUCUUUCCUUGUCCCGUCAUAUAACCUUCCUUCCUUCCUUCCUUCCUUCCUUCCUUCCUUCCUUCCUUUUUAUAUCCUACCUACCUUCCUUCCUUUGUUUUGUGAAUUGCCUCCUUCCCAAUCAUCAAAUUUUCCUUUUCCUUAGUCUACCCCUAACUUCAUUCUUUUCAGGUAUGCCUCAACUUCCUUCCUUCCUUCCUUCCCUUCCUUCCUUUUUGCCUUCUUUAUCUUUCAAUUAUCUAUCUCAUUCGAAGUCUUAUAUUUUUCUUUCUUUCUUUCUUUCUUUCUUUCUUUCUUUCUUUCUUUCUUUCUUUCGUUUUAUUCUUCAAAUCCUUUUCUUUCUUUCUUUCUUUCUUUCUUUCUUUCUUUCUUUCUUUAAUCUCAAUCAGUCAUUAUCUUUCUCAUCUCCCUCUUACUUUUCUUCUUCUUCUUCUUCUUCUUCUUUUUCUUCUUCUUCUUCUUCUUCUAUUUUCUUUUUCUUUAUGUUUCUCUCAGACACCUUCUCAUUUUCCUUUCUACCUCUACCCUCUUUCUUUCUUUUUUCUUACUUUUUGUUUGUAGUGCCCUGUUAUGCAGGUCCCUCCUUCUUUGUCGUGUCUAAUUUAGCCUUUUCUAGUUCCUUUCUUCAUAUUUCCUCUCUCUUUUUUCGACCUUCUCCUUUCCUUAGUUUUUUUUUUUUAUCUAUUUCAUUUAUAUGUCCAAUUCUAUUCACAUCUUCAUCUAUUUUAUUACAGCUUCAUUUAUUCGUUCGUUCCGUCAUUUUUUCUUUUUCUUUCUUUCUUUCCGUCUUUCUUUCCUUCUUUCUUUCUUUCUUUCUUUCUUUUGUUUUAUUUCUUUCUUAUUUUGUUUGUUUCUUUACUUUUAUUCCACAAACCUUGUUUGUUGAAUUGUUUGUUUGUUUAUUUAAUUUAUUCAUUCCCCAAACCAUUUUCUUUUUUCUUUCUUUCUUUCUUUCUUGCUUUCUUUCUUUCUAA